CAGCUCGUCCAGCUGUUUUGCAUUGGUUCGCGAUAAGUGCCUUGACUCUGGAUGGGGAAAAGGCUUCUUUUAUUUCUUCGUUUCCCUUCUUUGCCUGCGGACCUGGAUUGAAAUGGCUUUUCUCCCCAGCACCACCCGCUCAGCGUCGAACUGUGUCCUCGCAUUUGCUUCUGUUCUCUCCUCGCGCCAAGUUCGCUCGAUUACAGUCCCACGGCAGCGCCAGCGGCAAUCCUGCGGGGAACCCUAGACACGUGAAGAAGAGCAAUUUUCUAGCCGCGUCCGGAUCCUAGUCGUUCUCCACGCAUACACCCAGUACGCGUCCGACAUGCCCCUCCAGGUGUCUCCUAUGAAGGAGGAGGACAUAGACGGAGCCAUUGACACCAUACAACAAGCUUUCGCAGAAGACCCGUAUGCCCUCUGGGUGUACGACCGCUCAAAAUUUUCCCCCGCGCGUAACCGCGUCUCUCUCACCCUUCGCUGUCGCUGGGGCAUCAAGCACGGCCUCUUCCACGUAUGUAAGGAUCCUUCGUCCUCUACACCGGAUAAGGUGCUAGGCACCGCCAUGUGGCUCGCUCCGCGGCCCGCGGGCGUGCCAGAGUCAUGGUCGCUGUACCUGUCAUCGUGGUGGCUUUGGCUCAACCAGGUCCGCAUGAACCUCGUGUACGGCCGCGGCGGGCUGAACGUGAAGCGCUACUGGCUGUGGAAGGAGGCUCAGGCCGCCGCACAAGCCGAGCUUUGGGACGACCCGCGCGGAUACUACUUCUGCAACAUCGUGACUGUGCUGCCUGAGUGUCAGGGCAAAGGCGUCGGCAGAGCACUCAUGGAGGUGCUGCGCAGGGCAGACGCCGAGGGCAUGAAAUGCUACCUCGAGAGCUCGCGGCGCGAGCCAAACGUGCCCAUCUACGAGAGGUUCGGUUUUAGGCUUGUGAGAGACAUGUUGUGUGACGACGAAGGACAGGCGAUCACGCUGUACUGCAUGAUCCGGGAUCCUAAGAAGCCCUCAGAUGCUCAAGAAGACACUCCAACCGCGUAGAACCAAAUCGUUUGGAGCAAGAAGGGAGAACAUGAAGACACACACACACACUCACACACAGACACACAUGUGUAUAUGUAUACAUGCACAAGUGCACAACCAUUUAGAACACAACGUCACACUUGCCAUCCAAGAGGCGGGGAAACCCGUAGUUCACGUCGUCACUUUACUUUCUCCAACCUUCAAAUUGAUCAACGUCAUUGAUUUUGUGUUUUUUUUUU